AUGUUGCCCAGGCUGGUCCUGAACUCCUGGCCUCAAGCAAUCCUCCCGCCUCAGCUUCCCAAAGUGCUGGGAUUACAGGCACCCAAGAGGGCCAAGAGAAGGACAGUAGAGGGCGGAAGCUCCAGCGUCUUCUCCAUGUUCGACCAGACUCAGAUCCAGGAGUUCAAAGAGUUGGCUGAGAGCCAGCAUCUGAUCCUCCUGGGGAUGCUGAGGCUGGGCCAUGGGGGACCUAACCCUCCCCACCACGGCCCUCCCCAGGCCUUCACUGUGAUCGACCAGAACCGUGAUGGUAUUAUAGACAAGGAGGACCUUCGGGACACCUUCGCAGCCAUGGGCCGCCUCAAUGUGAAGAAUGAGGAGUUGGAUGCCAUGAUGAAGGAAGCCAGCGGUCCCAUCAACUUCACCGUCUUCCUGACCAUGUUCGGGGAGAAGCUCAAGGGUGCCGACCCUGAGGAUGUGAUCACCGGAGCCUUCAAGGUUCUGGACCCUGAGGGAAAGGGCACCAUCAAGAAGAAGUUCCUGGAGGAGCUGCUGACCACGCAGUGUGACCGCUUCUCCCAGGAGGAGAUCAAGAACAUGUGGGCGGCCUUUCCCCCCGACGUGGGCGGCAACGUCGACUACAAAAACAUCUGCUACGUCAUCACGCACGGCGACGCCAAGGACCAGGAGUAGGAGCCCCCGCGGGCCUCCGCUGCCCGACGCUUCUGUUCGGCCCGACCUCCACCCCGGCUCCCAAUAAAAUUUAACUGAUCUUUGUUUCUUA